GCGCGGUGGGCGCAGGCUCGGGCGGGCGGGGAGCCCCGGCCCGGGGGUGGCGGGGGCCGCGGGCGCGCGUGACCAGCUGUCCGCGUGGGUCCCCCGCGCGCUGCCCCUCCCUGACGGUGCCCCAGCCUAGCGCGGGGCCCAGCGCGGGUUCCGCGAGCACAGGCCUGGGGCUGAUCGUGAUCGGAAGAGGACUGUCAGAAGGAUGUAGAAGGCCCAGUUUUUCUGUGAGAAGCAAAGAUCUUUUACCUACACAUUUUACAAGACAUGUGCAGAAAGCCAUUGAUAAAUAUACCUGUGAGUCCCCACCAUCGUUUUCCUCCAGCGGAAGCUCCACACCCACGGGAGGCCACACCUCUUGGUCUGGAUCAGCCACGCAGAGCUCCACCACCGGCUCGUCCACGGAGAGGGGAUCCCUUUAUUCCUGGAGAGAUGACGAAUUUGAUGAAGCCAGCGCACAGACCGUGCAGCGGUUACUCUGGGAGGUGGAGGAAAUGCUGUUUGAAGGCAAAGUGAACCCUCAGACCCAGAGUCUGCUGGCCGAAUGCGGGGAGUGGACAAGAAGAUCCCUCCAUUUGAGAGUAUUAGGAAGACAACUGAUCCUGCCCACUGACGAGGGCGUCCAGCAUUUCCAGGGCAGCGCUCCCGGCUCCGCGGUCCACAGACCCCCACUCAGUGCCUGCAGACACAGCAGCAACAUCAGAGAGUUGUGCAUUUCUGGCUCUCAGUUAGUCCCAGCGACGCCCUCAGCCUCUGCCCUGCCGGGCCCUCAUGGUACAGGGAUUGCUGACCUAGCAGUGCAUUCAUCGCUGGAAGAAGAGGUCUACCUUGUGGAUGGAAAGAUCGAAGAGUAUUUUGCUUUUGACAGAAAAGAGAGUGAUGACAACGGUCUUGAACAAAAACCAGCUCAGCUCGGUAGGAAAUGGCGCAAACUCGGACUUCCUCCUGUUUCGCCUCGUGACUGUGUCAAAGAUGCCGUGACAGCAGAAGUGUUUGAUCACGUCUGGACAAAUGUGGUAGAACUUGUGCGAGAGCUGAUUAGAAAACACUGGGAAACUACACUCACAGCAGGGGAAAAGCAGAGAGAAAAACUGAAAGUCGUUGGAAACAGAUUUCCACAUGCCCUCGCUCCACGUGCUCGGGCUGAUGGAGCCAGUGGCCCCGGGUCUGGAAGCUCUGCAGCUCGCUGUGUCUCCCUGGCUUCUCAUCUGAACCCGCGCCAGGUUCAUCGCUUCUCCAACAAUUGUUAUAGUGACAUGAAUGGUGUCAUGACAAUUGAAGCAAAACCACUUCAGCACAGACCUGCCUGUUUUCCCGACAGAACGCAGAAUGAACAGGCGGACAGAGCGUCAGGUGGAGGGGCCGGUGCUCUCUCCUCCCCACGGCACAGACUGGAACGGGCCUCAGACACUCACCGAUUACUGACUUCUGCAAAGAAAACACCAGUGCCACGGAGACUGCCUUCCCUUGUUCCAGAUUCACAGAGACUAAAAACCCCCAAUGUCUAUAGUGACGAAGUUCUUCGGGGAACAAAACUGUUGACUGGCGUAGACCACAUGGCUUCCCUGCUGGCUCAGACCUCACGGAGCAGGUUCCCGCCGAUAGGCACAGAGACCAGGGAGCAGAACACAGCAGCUCCUGGAUCCCGCCUUGCUUCUUACAGAGGGAAGCAAAACUGUGUGCGGAGUGCCAUGCCUGAUGGUACAGAACGGUCACCUCUUCCAGAAAGAACGGCCACCGUGGAACAGCUGUCAAGGCCCAGCACAACCCAUGCGUUGCGGUUGGAUGCGCCUGGAAAAAGUUCAUUGACCCAAAUGGAAUUUGCUGCUCACACAUGGACAGGUCAAAGUAUUUUAACAGGUUCACAGUAUGUGCCUAGGUCGUUUCAGAGGACAACUCUGACCUUAAGGAAGAGAUUGCAAGUGAUAUCUUGAAACCGUUUCACCAGAACCGUCGGAGCACCAGUGGCUCCGCACAGCACUCUUCACUUGAAAGAUGGAAGAACAAGGGUUAUACUUAUCUGUGCGUCUGACCGUGUGGGAUGUUAGACGAAGAGAAAUGCAAACAAAUAAGUCCCU